GACAGAAGGAAUGCUUUCAUGUUACAAUGCUUGGUGAUUACACCCUGCAUUGUUCACUUUCAGCAGCCUUGCUGAAAGACCUGUCCACGUGUUUGACACCUUUCCAUUUUUCAUUUUUAUCUUUCAGCGGAGAUUUGUUUAGCUCGCCUUUUGGAAUGGAUAUAGACACACCUUCAUUGUGAGAAGAGGAUAAAAAUGAUAGAGAUUGACUGGACCACUUGUGGAAAAAGGCAGGGAAUGCUGGAUGGCAGGCAACACAGGCGAUGUUGCUGUACUGCACGACCUCACUGCCUUCUCUUCAUAUUGGCACUGGCAGUAGUUUUGUUUUAUUACAGUGUAAACAUAAAGGACAGUGCAAGUGACUGGGGACCUCAUUGGUGGAUGCAAUAUAAUGCAGGAAAAUGGUGGACUGGGCUGGAAGGUCUACGCAGUGGCAACAUUUCUGUCAUAAGAGUUGAUUGGAAAGUUUCUCCAUUUGCCGCAGUUUGGGCAACUCAGAGAGAAGGCGUCAAAACUGGACUAUCAAGUGAAGGAAGUCACUUUGCAAUUCAGCAGGUUGCAGAAAACCAACCGCUGGCUGAAGGCCAAAUCCAAUACGUCGUAGCUUACCCUUCUGAGUAUCACUUUAUUAUAAACGAGCCAAACAAAUGUGCAGAGCAGAAACCAUUUGUGACACUGAUGGUUCCCGUGGCGCCCCACAACAGAGGUCAUCGAGACGUUAUCCGCAGCACCUGGGGAGGGGAAAGUGUGGUGUUGGGGAAGGUGGUCAAUGUUUUCUUUCUGCUGGGACUGCAUACCGAGGAGCCUGUCAAACAGCUGGAAGAAGAGUUGCAGCAAGAGAGCAAGGAACAUGGAGACCUGAUCCAGAGCGAUUUUCUCGACUCCUACAAUAACCUGACCAUCAAAACCAUGGUGAUGCUCGAGUGGCUUAACUCCUACUGCGCCGGUGCCCCUUACGCCAUGAAGAUUGAUUCUGACGUAUACCUCAAUGUGCCAAAUCUCAUUUCCAUGUUGUUAAAUGCACCAAAAACAAACUACAUGACUGGACAUGUAGCCAAAGAAGCAGAGGUUCUGAGAAAUCCCACUUCCAAGUGGUAUGUCCCAGUGGAUCUUUACCCAAAAGCAACGUACCCACUUUAUGUUCUGGGCCUAGGUUAUGUUCUUUCUAUGGACUUGCCUAAAAAGCUUGUGGAAGCUUCCAGAUAUGUCAAAUCCAUUUACCUUGAAGACGUGCACUUAGGGUUGUGCAUGGAAUACCUCGGCAUUUCUCCCACAGACCCUCCAGAUUGGCAAUACUUCCAGUUCUCUCCUGUGCCAUACGAUCCUUGUGUUUAUUCCAGACUUAUCGCCAUCACCUUAGAUGAACAUAUUGAUCUCAAGUGGAUUUGGAAAGAUUUACAACAGGCAGGGAAGGCCUGCUGAUAUGAUGAAGUAUGACUCAAACUAUUAUAGUCCAGAGUGGGAACUGUUUUUUGUUUUUACGCCUGUUUUCUCAACAUGUGUUACAUUGCACACGUUAAAGAAGAAUCAGUAUUUAUUAUCUGUAUCACCUCAAUUAUCUUUCCGAGAGA